AAUCAUUUUUUUUCCCUUGCCCGGCAGAGUUUUGAAAAAAAAAAACGUUGCUAAGCCAUGUCAGUCGGGUAGGUCGGGGCGCGCGAGCCUUAUUUCAGUCAGGUGCCUGGCGCCAAACGCGACGCACCACUGUUCUCGGCUGCCUACCUGGAAAGCCUCCCAGUCCCGCGACGAUUUGAAUCGCGUAUACAACUAAUGAAGCUUAAAAUCAAAGCACUUUAAAAUGAUUUCAUUUUAUUUGUGUGCUAAUAGACAAUUAUUUGUUUGAGUACUAACUGCUACAGUUAGAAAAAACUAAUACAAAGUGUGUCGUAGCAGUGAGUGAGUUAGAAGUUCGUAGCUUCGUAGAAUUCCCGUACAAGAAUGUCGCGACACGUGCUACUAUCACGGCUGGCCGAACAGUUCUGGCCGUCGGCUCCUGUACCGGGACAUCGGUUUCCAUCGCCCGAACGUAGCGUGUCCCCAACGUCAAUUUCGUCGCCACAUUCGCCUCCCCGAACACCGGACUCGCCUUUAGAACAUCAUUUGGAAACAGCGCCUUUAGGGGACUUCGAACUGGCUGGAAGAGCUCUUAAGCAUUACGCUCGUGCUACAGAGCUUGGAGCUUUAAUGUACUGUAGCAGUCUCGGGGCACUGUAUGGUGGCGCGGGAGUUUGGCCUCUGCUGUUGCCCCGCACCCCAACAGACUUCGCCUGCACACCUACGGGCCAGAUUAAAAACAGUCCUACAAGAGAAGAUGGUGAAGAGGAGCUACCUUUAAAUCUGUCAAUGAAAAAUCGUCAGAUUUGGUCGCCGGGUAGUGUAUGCGAACGCGAACAAGACGAUAUUACUCUGCCUAUCUGUAAAUGGAGCAGACGUGACGACGAUGAAGCCCCUUUAGAGUUAGUGAAAAGGUGCCGCAGUAGUCCUGAGAGCACGGAGCGUCCUACCAGUACGGAACCACGCCGAUGUCCUUCAGCACCGGCACACCAGAGCUACCAGUUACCAUUACCGCCACCGGCAGACCUUAAUUAUUCGUUGCUCCUUAAAAACGAAAAUAAAAAUGAGAAAACAUUCCAGUGCAAACAAUGCGGGAAAUGCUUUAAGCGCUCGAGCACCCUGUCCACCCAUCUACUGAUACACUCUGACACGAGACCCUACCCCUGCCAGUACUGUGGAAAACGCUUCCACCAGAAAUCGGAUAUGAAGAAACACACUUACAUACAUACAGGUGAGAAGCCGCACAAAUGCGUGGUGUGUUCGAAAGCUUUUAGCCAGAGCUCGAACCUAAUCACACACAUGAGGAAACACACCGGCUAUAAGCCCUUCUCGUGUGGACUCUGCGAGAAAGCAUUCCAACGUAAGGUGGACCUACGCCGCCAUCGUGACUCACAGCAUUCGGAGAUGAACGAAGCUUCCACCGUUACCUUGCAAGUACCUCACCGUUACAGAUACUAUGGAGAUGAGGCCUCACCACCCCUAACACAGCUUAUCACUAAUUGAUUUCUUGGAUAUAAAAAAAAGCAUGCUUUUUUAUUUUUUUGUAGUGUUCGCUAAUAUAUUUUGCACUUGUAUUCGUUUGUGUAUUGUGCACACAACUAUUUUACUUCAUAAAUUAUUUUAAAUAUCAGAAUAGGUAUCCAAAGAAAAAAAUUAUAAAAUUAGCAUUUCAGCAUAUUAAUUUUUUUAAAAUUGAAAAUACAGAUAUUGAUGAUUUCUUUUUUAAUUUUGAUGUUUGGACUGAAUAAAUUACUAAAAUAAUGUAAAUAAUAAGAGAUAUUGUAUAGUUUUAAAAGCGUCAAUUGAAAUUGAAAUUACUUUUUUAAAUCAAAUUAUUUUCACCGAUCUGAUUUAGUAAUUUUAAUACGUAGUUCGUACAAACACCUAAAAAGCAAUUAAUUAUUCCAGGUACAUAUAUAAUAACAUUUAAAUAGACUUACGAAAAUUUAUUUUGUUUACUUAUAAUGCAAACCAAAGUUUUGUGUUUUUAGUCGAGUGUAAAACGCUUUAUUUAUUAGUUCGAUUUAGAAUUAAUUGCUCUAUUGUAUUAUAAAUGAGCUAGCGACAACAUGUGCUUCUUGCACACAUUGUCUAUAAAUGUUACUUAUCAAAGCUACCAUUAGUAAGAUAAACAUGACUGUGGUAACAAUUGUAUAUUCGUCGCUUUACCAUAUAGUUUUUAAUUGGAACUGUUUUUGUAAGUUUGCAUUUAUUACAAUGUAAUAAUAGUAGUAUAAUAAUAGUAUUAAGGAAGGAAAGCUAUCUAUAUCUUCUACGGCAGGUAGCCUCUUACGGAUUUUAGGACUCCACGUCUAUAUAUCUACUCCUCACACUCACUGGUCACAUGCCGGUUUUCAUAACUUGACGCUUAGGCCUCUCUUGCGUGUAGUGGGAAUUCUAGCCCCCCCCCCCUUUUGUGUUAAAAUAUCUGUAAGCAUUAUGUUAUAUGUCUAAAGAGAGUGUAGGAGAACAGGUCCCGAAGUAAACAUUUAAAGUAUGCACAAGGAAACUCGUAAGCAUUAAUAACAAUGUUUGCAGGAAAUUUAUGUUUACAUAAUAUCCAAUAGGAAAGCAAUAACAGAAAGCCCUUUUUUUUUCUUCUUUUUUUUAUUGCUUAGAUGGGUGGACGAGCUCACAGCCCACCUGGUGUUAAGUGGUUACUGGAGCCCAUAGACAUCUACAACGUAGACGCGCCACCCACCUUGAGAUACAAGUUCUAAAGUCUCAGUAUAGUUACAACGGCUGCCCCACCCUUCAAACCGAAACGCAUUACUGCUUCACGGCAGAAAUAGGCAGGGCGGUGGUACCUACCCGCGCGGACUCAAGUGGUCCUACCACCAGUAAAAAAAACCCAUUUACAGAAGCAGUUACGGUGCAAUAAUCACUACUAAGAAAUAUUUUUUGUGAUCACCACUUUUUUACAUUGGCGACUGUGCGAAUAAAACUUGGGUUCUAAUUCCACAGCAAAACAAAUUCAUGAAAAUUUAAAACUAUUUGUAUUUCCUAGACAUACUUUGCGGUUUUACGCGUAAUUCAAAAACAAUGAAGUAAGUCGAAUUUACUGCUUGUUGCUCUUUUGUUCAUUAACGUUAUUUAGCACAAAUCUCUUUUCAAUUUUCUCAAUUUUGUGCAUAAUUGAAUAAGAAACUUUCGCCUUUUAAUACUAGCUAGUAGUUUCUUUUCUUCUACCCCAGUUUCAGGUCAGAGCACUGGAUGUGAUUUACCUCUGACUACUUCUGUAUUUUUUUAUUUAUGUUAUAAAGGUCUUGUCUUUUUCAACAUCCGUUUAAUAUAAAAUAUAACACAAUUUUAAAGGUAUUUAAAAAAAUAUAAAGAAUUCGUUUAAUUACUCUACACACUUAUCGAGUAUCGAUGGCAAUGCAAUAAUUUUUUUACUGUGCCCUAAUUUCAUCAUCAGGAUCUCCAAGAUAAACAUUAUGUUUUAAAUAAUAUGUUUUAAUUUCUAGUUCAGCUAGUUAUUCUAACGUGUUUCUGUCGUGUAUAAAAUAUAUCUAACUUAUUCAACGGUCCAGAAAUCGUUCAAUACAUUCCGUUAUGAGGGGUUGGAUAGGUCGUUAUUCAGUAAUAAGGAAAAGUGCAAACAUCUUUUCAAUACAUCAUUGAAUAGUAAACACAUGGUGGCCAAUUUAUUAGAAAGUCUAGAAAUGUAAUUAGAGUUAUCUUCGCAAUGCGUCGAUAUAAAUAAAUCCGUCCGUUACCAGGUAGUUCAUUGAUAUUUAAGUUCAAAUGAGGCAAAUAACUUUUUUCUAGGUUUAACGAAAGCGACGUUUCAAAAACAAAUCGGCGUAUAGACAGUCCACAGUGACUCGUUUUUAAAACUUAGGUAAGCCAAUGUUAGUCGUUAUGGUUACCUUCUAUCAAUUCAAUGAAUACGUACGUCAUGUUAUUCACAUAGUGAGAUUAACCAACCAGCCAUGUUACCACAAUUGGGUUCAUCGCCAAAAUUUUCGUUCAAUUUGUUUUAAAUUAUUUCUAGUGUUUAAGUAUAAGAGUUCAAACUAAUAUUUUAGCGUUUACGCAUAACUAAGCGUGGCCCGGUAUUUUUAAAGGAGGCUAUCUAGCUCCUUUUUAAAAGCGAUUGUUUUCUCUUGUAACAAAAUACAGCUAUUUAUUUGUCUUCAGUGAUUUUGUUUUUAAUUAUACUACUACGACAAUUAAAAUAAUUAUAAAUAAGAACAUGCAUAUUUGGUAACAUAGUAUGAAAUAUUAUUGUUAUGGAGAUAAGUCAAUGUACUGAGAUGAUGUUUAUAUUAGAUUAUGAGGUGAUAUUUACAGCUGCAGCAAUGUCUGCCCGGUCUUGUCAGUGUUCUACAUAGUAUGUUACGAUGAUGUCGCAAUAGGUCUGACCAACAUACAAAUAAGGACGAAACUUAAAAUUUUAUAUCGUGAUUAAACUUUGAGCAGUCUACAUUGUUGAAAUAUUAAGUUUUAGAUAAAUAAGCAGCAUUUGUAGAGGCGCCCUUGGUUGUGUUAAGUUGGAAUGCAUACGAGGCAUAAAACGGCUAGAGCACCAAAGAAAAGCCAGCUAUGAAUAAUUAGUAAAAUAUCUUUUCGAUACGACUGACUUUGCACUGGCACUUACCGUUUUUAGUAUAAAAAAUAUUAUGUUACUAAUAAAGUAAGCAAGUAUUGUAAGCUUCAAGCGGUCAGACCGAGAACGCUUACGACUUUACAACCUACUUCAAGUAAGAACGGAGGUUCUCUAUUAGGACGUUUGCUUUUCUUUAUAUGUCUGUUACUAGAAACUACCACUAAUAUAAAAUAGAUUUUAAGCAAAAAAAAAAAUAGGUCUGACAUAAUGUUUGACCUAAGAUAGCAUUAAUAGUUUUAAGUGUAUUGUGAUGUCAAGUGAAUACCUAUCAGCGAAAAGUCAAUUCUAUAAGUUUGUUUUAAGUCGUAAUUUAAUAAGGCCAGUUGAUUUAAUAAAAUAUGAGUAUUUAUGAACCUUAAAA